UUCCAGAAGGCGGCGCGUGCGGCGGUGGGGGAGCGAGGAGCGGUUCAACGGGUCCAGGCCGGGAGCAUGGAGCAGGUAAAUGAACUGAAAGAGAAGGGCAACAAAGCCCUGAGCGCUGGUAACAUUGAAGAUGCAGUGAAAUUUUACUCGGAAGCCAUCAAGCUAGAUCCCAAGAACCACGUGCUGUUCAGCAACCGUUCCGCAGCCUACGCCAAGAAAGGAGACUACCAGAAGGCUUACGAGGAUGGCUGCAAGACCGUCGACUUGAAGCCCGACUGGGGAAAAGGUUACUCCCGGAAGGCAGCCGCUCUCGAAUUCCUAAACCGGUUUGAAGAGGCUAAGCGGACCUAUGAGGAGGGCCUGAAGCAUGAAGCAAACAACCCCCAACUCAAAGAGGGGUUGCAGAGCAUGGAAGCCCGACUGACAGAGAGGAAGUACAUGAAUCCUUUCAGCACACCCAACUUGUACCAAAAGCUGGAGAGCGACCCUAGGACCCGGGCCCUGCUGAGCGACCCCAGCUACAAGGAGUUGAUUGAGCAGCUCCGCAACAAACCCUCCGACCUGGGCGUAAAGCUGCAGGACCCCCGGGUCAUGACAACGCUGAGCGUCCUCCUGGGAGUGGAUCUCGGCAGCAUGGAUGAAGAGGAAGAGGUUGCGAGCCCUCCGCCGCCACCGCCGCCCAAAAAGGAGACCAAACCAGAGCCCAUGGAGGAAGAUCUCCCAGAGAACAAGAAACAGGCCCUGAAGGAGAAAGAGUUGGGCAAUGAUGCCUACAAGAAGAAAGACUUCAGCACCGCCUUGAAACAUUACGAUCGCGCGAAGGACCUGGACCCCACCAACAUGACGUACAUCACCAAUCAGGCCGCGGUCUGCUUUGAACAGGGCAACUACGACAAGUGCCGAGAAUUGUGUGAGAAAGCGAUCGAGGUGGGGAGAGAGAACCGAGAGGACUACCGACAGAUCGCCAAAGCUUAUGCCCGUAUCGGCAACUCCUACUUCAAGGAAGAGAAGUACAAGGAAGCCAUCCAGUUCUUCAACAAGUCCCUGGCAGAGCAUCGGACCCCAGAAGUGCUGAAAAAAUGUCAGCAGGCUGAGAAGAUCCUGAAGGAGCAGGAGAGACUGGCCUACAUAAACCCCGACUUGGCUUUGGAGGAAAAGAAUAAGGGCAAUGAGUGUUUCCAGAAAGGGGACUAUCCCCAGGCCAUGAAGCAUUACUCGGAAGCCAUCAAACGGAACCCACGGGAUGCCAAACUAUACAGCAACCGAGCUGCCUGCUACACUAAACUCCUUGAGUUUCAGCUAGCACUCAAGGACUGUGAAGAGUGCAUCCAUCUAGAGCCGACGUUCAUCAAGGGCUACACCCGGAAAGCAGCGGCCCUGGAAGCCAUGAAGGACUACACAAAAGCCAUGGAUGUCUACCAGAAGGCCCUGGACCUGGACUCCAACUGCAAGGAAGCCGCAGAUGGUUACCAGCGCUGCGUGUUGUCCCAGUACAAUCGGCAUGACAACCCGGAGGACGUGAAGCGGCGGGCCAUGGCAGACCCUGAAGUGCAGCAGAUAAUGAGCGAUCCUGCCAUGCGCCUCAUCCUGGAACAGAUGCAGAAAGACCCCCAGGCGCUCAGCGAACACCUAAAGAACCCCGUAAUAGCUCAGAAGAUCCAGAAGCUGAUGGACGUGGGCCUGAUCGCAAUUCGGUGAUGACUCGUCCCGGCCCUUCCCUUCCCCUUCCCCUUCGUCCGUGGAAAGAGGAGCUGGGCCCACAGCAGCACGGAGCAGAGACGAGGAGGGGGGGAGAAAGAGAAAACAACGAUCUCUAUAUAUUUAUACAUAUAUAUAUAUAUAAUUGUGUGUGUGUAUGUGUGUGGGGGGGAGGGGGGAGACACAGAGACUUAAUACUAGCGCCCUUUGUACAGUCACCGCACACGACACUCGCAUGGUUUCUUCACCGCUGCCCUCUCCAUGAAUCCGCGGCCCCCCCCACCUCCCUCCGUCGUAGCCGCUCUCCUCCACAGGUGGUUAUUUUUUAUUUGGGGGCAGUGGACGUGCGGGAGAGGUGCUGUCUUUCCUCUGGUCACGACUCCAUCCCCCCAUUUUCCCCCCUGUUAACUCUGCGCCCCCACAAUAAAAGAAGAACAAGCCAA